AUGGAGAUAUCAGUGGAGCAAGAGAAAGCCACCGAAGUGGUUGUAAGGAAAAAGGGUGGUUACAUAACCAUGCCCUUUAUCAUAGCGAACGAGACUUUUGAAAAGGUUGCAAACGUGGGGCUCCAUGUGAAUAUGAUUUUGUACCUGCUACGAGAGUAUCAUUUUGACCCUUCAACAGGAGCUAUUGUAAUAUUUCUGUGGAACGCCUUGUCCAGUAUUAUGCCCAUUUUUGGUGCUUUCCUUUCCGAUUCUUGCCUUGGACGAUUUCGUGUUAUUGCGUUGGGAACAGUCAUUGAUCUUCUUGGAUUAAUUGUGUUGUGGCUUACUGCAAUUAUUAGGCAUGCAAGACCUGAGUGUAUAGCAGGACUUUGUGCAAGUCCAACAGUACCGCAACUCCUGUUUCUUUUCUCUUCACUUGCUCUUAUGGCAUUGGGAGCUGGUGGCAUUAGGCCAUGUACCUUAGCCUUUGCUGCUGACCAAAUCAACAACCCUCAAAACCCACGAAAUGAGGCGACCAUGAAAAGCUUCUUCAAUUGGUAUUAUGUUUCAGUUGGUGUUUCAGUGAUGGUUUCAGUUAUAUUUAUAGUGUACAUUCAAGUGAAAGCAGGGUGGGUUGUGGGUUUUGGGAUUCCUGUGGGGCUUAUGUCCUUUUCUGCUAUCAUGUUUUUCUUGGGUUCCUUCACAUAUGUCAGAGCGAAACCAAACAAGAGCUUGCUCUCUAGCUUAGCCCAAGUGAUUGUAGCAGCCUGGAAAAACAGAAACUUACCCCUCCCUCCCAAGAACUCUCACACUUGGUAUUUCCAUAGUGGCUCUAGUCUUGUUCAACCAACGGACAAAGCAAGAUUCUUGAACAAGGCAUGCAUGAUCAAGAACAGAGAAAAAGAUUUGGACAGUGAUGGGAUGCCCAUUGACCCAUGGAGGUUAUGUACAGUAAGACAAGUUGAGGAGUUGAAAGCCAUAAUCAAAGUCCUUCCCAUUUGGUCCACAGGCAUCAUUCUUGCUACUACCAUAAGCCAACAAACAUUUUCUGUGGUCCAAGCAAGCACCAUGGACAGGGUUGUGUUGCAUAUGGAUAUUCCACCCACCAGCUUCAGUGCAUUCAUAAUCCUCACUUUGACCAUAUGGGUGGCUAUUUAUGAUCGCAUUCUAGUUCCUUUGUUACCAAAGGGAAAAGGACUCACCCUUAUGCAGAGAAUGGGAAUAGGAAUAGUGGUCUCAUGUUUGGGCACUGUGGUGGCAACGUUGGUAGAGAUGAAAAGAAGAAAUGAAGCCAUAAGAGAAGGGUUCAUAGACAACCCCCAAGGAGUGGUAAACAUGUCUGCUAUGUGGUUGGUUCCACAAUAUUGCCUAUAUGGUUUAGCUGAGGGUUUGAAUAUCAUUGGACAAAUAGAAUUCUAUUACACUCAGUUUCCUAAGACCAUGUCAAGCAUUGCUGUUGCUCUUUCUACCUUAGGCUUUGGCAUGGGAAACUUGUUGGCUAGCCUUAUUGUCAAGAUUGUGAAAGAUGGGACAAGUAGAGGAGGACAAGUUAGUUGGCUUGCAUCAAAUAUCAAUAGAGGACACUAUGAUUACUAUUAUGCACUCCUUUUCAUUCUAAAUUUGGUUAAUUUGUUCUUCUUCUGCAUAUGUAGUUGGGCUUAUGGGAGUACUCAUGAUAUUAAGAAUUGGGAUGAAGAGGUUGACACAAAAGUAGUACCUGAGAAAGAGAUGGACACUACAUGA